AGACCGUGAGAGUAGAUGGCUUACCAGAGUUCCUAAGGUUCGGAGACUAAGGGCUGCCUCCGCUCAAGCCUCCCAAAACACUGGUGCGGGAGCUGCUCUCUCACUCCUACCUCUAGAAACAUUGCAAGUAGUGGCGGCAUUGCAGGACUCAACACACCCUUCCUGCUCUCAAGAAGCUCCAGAUGGCGUCUUCCGUGGGCAACGUGGCCGACAGCACAGAACCAACGAAAGGUAUGCUUUCCUUCCAAGGGUUAGCUGAGUUGGCACAUCGAGAAUAUCAGGCAGGAGAUUUUGAGGCAGCUGAGACACACUGCAUGCAGCUCUGGAGACAAGAGCCAGACAAUACUGGUGUGCUUUUAUUACUUUCGUCUGUACACUUCCAGUGUCGAAGGCUGGACAGAUCUGCUCACUUUAGCACUCUGGCAAUUAAACAGAACCCCCUUUUGGCAGAAGCCUAUUCGAAUUUGGGAAAUGUGUACAAGGAAAGAGGACAGUUGCAGGAAGCAAUUGAGUAUUACCAGCAUGCAUCGCGCCUCAAGCCCGAUUUCAUCAAUGGUUAUAUUAAUCUGGCAGCCGCAUUGGUAGCAGCAGGUGACAUGGAAGGGGCAGUACAAGCUUACGUAUCUGCUCUUCAGUACAAUCCUGAUUUGUACUGUGUUCGCAGUGACCUGGGGAACCUGCUCAAAGCCCUGGGUCGCUUGGAAGAAGCCAAGGCAUGUUAUUUGAAAGCAAUUGAGACGCAACCGAACUUUGCAGUAGCUUGGAGUAAUCUUGGCUGUGUUUUCAAUGCACAAGGGGAAAUUUGGCUUGCAAUUCAUCACUUUGAAAAGGCUGUCACCCUCGAUCCCAAUUUUCUGGAUGCUUAUAUCAAUUUAGGAAGUGUCUUGAAAGAGGCACGGAUUUUUGACAGAGCUGUGGCAGCUUACCUUCGUGCUCUAAGCUUGAGUCCAAAUCAUGCAGUGGUGCACGGCAACCUGGCUUGUGUAUACUAUGAGCAAGGCCUAAUAGAGCUGGCAAUAGACACCUACAGGCGAGCUAUUGAACUGCAACCACAUUUCCCUGAUGCUUACUGCAACCUAGCCAAUGCUCUCAAAGAGAAGGGCAGUGUUGCUGAAGCAGAAGAUUGUUAUAAUACAGCUCUCUGGCUAUGUCCCACCCAUGCAGACUCACUGAAUAACUUAGCCAAUAUCAAACGAGAACAGGGAAAUAUCGAAGAGGCAGUUCGCUUGUAUCGUAAAGCAUUAGAAGUCUUCCCAGAGUUUGCUGCUGCCCAUUCAAAUUUAGCAAGUGUACUGCAGCAGCAGGGAAAACUGCAGGAAGCUCUGAUGCAUUAUAAGAAGGCUAUUCAAAUCAGUCCUACCUUUGCCGCUGCCUACUCUAACAUGGGAAACACCCUAAAGGAGAUGCAGGAUGUCCAGGGAGCCUUGCAGUGUUACACCUGUGCCAUUCAGAUUAACCCUGCAUUUGCAGAUGCCCACAGCAAUCUGGCUUCCAUUCACAAGGAUUCGGGAAAUAUUCCAGAAGCUAUAGCUUCUUACCGCACUGCUCUGAAACUUAAACCUGAUUUUCCUGAUGCUUAUUGCAACUUGGCUCAUUGCCUGCAGAUUGUCUGUGAUUGGACAGACUACGAUGAACGAAUGAAGAAGUUGGUCAGCAUUGUGGCUGACCAGUUAGAGAAGAAUAGGUUGCCUUCUGUACAUCCUCAUCAUAGUAUGCUAUAUCCUCUUUCUCAUGGCCUUAGGAAGGCCAUUGCUGAGAGGCAUGGGAACCUCUGCUUGGAUAAUAUUAAUGUCCUUCAUAAACCACCAUAUGAACAUCCAAAGGAUUUGAAGCUCAGUGAUGGUCGACUGCGUGUAGGAUAUGUGAGUUCUGACUUUGGGAAUCAUCCUACUUCUCACCUUAUGCAGUCGAUUCCAGGCAUGCACAAUCCUGAUAAAUUUGAGGUAUUCUGUUAUGCCCUGAGCCCUGAUGAUGGCACAAACUUCCGAGUGAAGGUGAUGGCAGAAGCCAAUCACUUCAUUGACCUUUCUCAGAUUCCAUGCAAUGGAAAAGCAGCUGAUCGCAUCCAUCAGGAUGGUAUACACAUCCUUGUAAAUAUGAAUGGUUAUACCAAGGGUGCUCGAAAUGAACUCUUUGCUCUCCGGCCAGCUCCUAUUCAGGCAAUGUGGCUUGGAUACCCUGGCACGAGUGGGGCGCUUUUCAUGGAUUAUAUCAUCACUGAUCAGGAAACUUCACCAGCUGAAGUUGCUGAACAGUAUUCUGAAAAACUGGCUUAUAUGCCACAUACUUUCUUUAUUGGUGAUCAUGCUAAUAUGUUUCCUCAUCUGAAGAAAAAGGCAGUCAUCGAUUUUAAGUCCAAUGGGCACAUUUAUGACAAUCGGAUUGUUCUGAAUGGCAUCGACCUGAAAGCGUUUCUUGAUAGUUUACCGGAUGUGAAAAUUGUCAAGAUGAAAUGUUCUGAUGCAGGAGAUAAUGCAGACAGCAGUCAUACAGCUCUUAAUAUGCCAGUUAUUCCUAUGAAUACUAUUGCAGAAGCAGUUAUUGAAAUGAUUAACAGAGGACAAGUUCAGAUAACAAUUAAUGGAUUCAGUAUUAGCAACGGACUGGCAACUACCCAGAUCAACAAUAAGGCUGCCACUGGAGAGGAGGUUCCCCGUACCAUUAUUGUAACUACACGUUCUCAAUAUGGUUUGCCAGAAGAUGCCAUUGUCUAUUGUAACUUCAACCAGUUAUAUAAAAUUGACCCUUCUACUUUGCAAAUGUGGGCAAAUAUUCUGAAGCGUGUUCCCAAUAGUGUGCUGUGGCUGUUGCGUUUUCCAGCCGUAGGAGAACCUAAUAUUCAACAGUAUGCACAAAACAUGGGUCUUCCCCAGAACCGUAUAAUUUUUUCACCUGUUGCUCCUAAAGAAGAACAUGUCAGGAGAGGCCAGCUGGCUGAUGUCUGCCUGGACACUCCACUCUGUAAUGGGCACACCACAGGAAUGGAUGUCCUGUGGGCUGGGACACCGAUGGUGACUAUGCCAGGAGAGACUCUUGCUUCUCGAGUUGCGGCUUCCCAGCUCACUUGUUUAGGUUGUCUUGAGCUUAUUGCUAAAAAUAGACAGGAAUAUGAAGACAUAGCUGUGAAACUGGGAACUGAUCUAGAAUACCUGAAGAAAAUUCGUGGCAAAGUCUGGAAGCAGAGAAUAUCUAGCCCUCUGUUCAACACCAAACAAUACACAAUGGAACUAGAGCGGCUCUAUCUACAGAUGUGGGAGCAUUAUGCAGCUGGCAACAAACCUGAUCACAUGAUUAAGCCUGUCGAAGUCACUGAGUCAGCCUAAAUAAAGACUCUCCACAGGAGGAAUACCCCUCUACCUGAGCCUCAACCUUCAGGGGAAAGGGAACUAGAUAAUGUACUUUUUACUUAUCUGUAUAGUGUCAUAUUACAGAUGGGUGACAAAUAAUGAUAAUAGCACAGCCAAGGUUGCUUUGUGCAUGAUAGGAAGAGACAUAAGAGAUGGGAAACUGCUGUUCUACAAGGAAUCUCCAUAGAAUUUUGCAGCAAUUAGGUGGUGCAUAGAUCUGGAUGGAAGGUCUGCUCUCCCUUGGUCUUCCAUGGGAUGGUUAGUAGAGGAGACAUCUAGAUUGUCCAGCCGUUUUGUGAUUCCAUUGCUUGAUUGCGUCUUCUGAAUUAAUUUUUUCUUUAUAUUUUGGGUAUUGGAGCUUUUAAAAUUGUUUGGUUUCAGGUGAUUUUAUUCAUGUGAAGUGUAUAUGAUUCUCUUGAGAUAAGGUUUUAAACUAAAAUGUUGCUCCUUAUUUUAGUUUCUCAACUCUACAGAUUAAUAGGAACUUUGCUGGUGUAGUCUUUUUAUAGAUUUUAUAAACCACUUAAGCCUAUAUCAGUCGUUUGAGUGUCUGACCUAAUGAAUGGAGCUAUCAGUGCUGUUUUGAUUUAGAUCAUGAUUCAGAAUUUUUUUUUCUGGUCCAUUUCCUUCCCCUCCCCCUACUUUAAAAUUUCUCCUGUAAAUCAACUAAUAAAACCAAGUCUGUUUCAAAGCAUCCCAGAGUGUUUCUCUAAAACACAUCAUCUAGCGCCCAAUGAAACUUCUUAGGAAUGAUUAUUAAUUAUGAAGGGCACAGUUGUGAUACUAUCAUUGAUGAUAAUAUUGAUUUUUGGCCUAGUUUUCAUCUAUUUCAUCAGUGUUUUACCUUUGACUGCCCCUCUAUGCUGCUUCCCGAAGUAAUAGUGUGUGAUAAGAUUUUUACCUUCCUUUUCUAAGGUUUGCUUU